AUGUUCGCGAACAUCAAUAACCCGACCGUGGAAUUUCUUCAGUCUGCUCAUGACACUGUCAGGCGUUUCGGAGGACCUCAAGACGUGGACAUUGCCGGUCACUCGAACAGCGUGCCUUGCCUGGAUCAGCCCGAUCUGAAGUACGGCGCCUUCCCGAUGAUGAGCGUACCAGAUCAGGGUAACGGCACACCGAGCAGCCCAGAGUGCGUGCUUGCAUCCUUCGAGCCCGUUAGCACUAUCGCAACCCGGAACGAGAGACGGAAGGCGCAGAACCGCGCAGCUCAAAGAGCUUUCCGCGUUCGCCAGCAGCAAGCUUUAACAGACGCACACUCCAAGCUGCGCUCCCUGCAAGAAGAAUUGGAAGAAGCUACCGGAAAGAAAGAUCAUUUUGAACGACUAUAUAAAAGCCUCAGUCGUGAACAUGAGCGUCUCCUCAGAACGUUUCAGGAGUUAUUGGUGUCGGUACAGUCUACAUAG